AUGGCUAGCCAGCUCGGAGGCGGUCGCAGCAAGGAGGCAUUGCGGUGGAAUCCCGCGAGGCAGACUGGGUCCGGUGUGGAAUGCAGCAUGGAGGAGGCAGCGUGGGGAGGCAGCACGGAGGAGGCCGUAGGGGAUGGGGCGCUGCGGGGGACCGGCGACGGCGAGGCGGAGUGGGGGUGGGCGGAUGGGCACGGCGAUACAUGGCGGAAACGGCGCACAACCCAGAUCGGCGGCCAGCUCGCCGCCAAGCCCUCCGAGGACGACGCCGGCGUGGACCACCUCAGCUCUCUCCCCGACGACGUCCUGACCCGAAUCCUCCUCCGCCUCGAUGACGCCGCCGCCGCUGGUCGCACCAGCGUGCUGUCGAGCCGCUGGCGUCGCCUCUGGCUGCUCCUCCCCGAGCUCCGGUUCCCUCUCUGCUCCGAGCCCCGCCUCGUCGCUGCAGCGCUAGCCGCCCACGAAGCGGCGCUCAGCUACCUCAGCGUGGGGACACUGGACGCCGACGCCGAGUCCGUGGCGGCCUGGCUCCCCGCCGUGGCGCGCCGCCUCACCGGCCACCUCAGCUUCACGAACCACUCGCUGGAGAGAGACAUCGACGACGAUGACGGCGCCGGCGGCGCUCACGGUCCGCGGCGCCUGGGCCUGGACAACCUCACGAUCCGCUCGGAUUCUCUCCGGGAGAUGACGCUGGACAAGGUGCGCGGUCUGGAGCGGCUCGCCGUGGCUUCGCCGGCGCUUGAGUACCUGAGCGUGCUCGCCUGCUUCAUCUCUGAUUGGGUUCAGCCAGUUGCUGACAUCUCAGCGCCUGCACUGAAGGUGCUCAGGUGGGGGGAUCUGUUUGAUCCGAGCUCUGUUCACCUUGGUACGAUGAAGCAUCUGGAGAGUGUGUGCCCCAUGAUACUUCUUGUGUAUGGAUCUCCGGCCAUAGACAAUCAAGACUGUCUAGAGCUCUUGCGGUGUUUUAAGACCAUCCAAUGUCUCUGCCUCACACUAGCCUAUAUGCCGGUUGGCACAGAUUUGAGAGCUGGACGCUGA